AUGGCGUCAACGUUCACAAUCCCCUUCGACAACCCUCGAAACACCAAGACCGACGUACCAGUAACCUGCCCUCCCAUAUCAUCUGACAACAACAUAUCAAAAGACCAACUCCUCGCCUUCCCAGCAUUCAAAACCUGGCUCUCCUCACUCCACAAAUCCCUUGCAGAACAAACCUCAUCAACCCACGAGUUUCACAAUGCGCCUUACAAGCUACGUAAAAUCGACAUUCAGGCUGUUGAUUACUUUGGUGCUGGGCGGUUGGGCUUCAUCAAGAUGAAGGCUGAUGUUUCUAAUGAUUCGGGCGAGAGUUUACCGGGGAGCAUAUUGCUGAGAGGGGGGAGUGUUGCAAUGCUUCUUAUUCUACAAUCCGACGAUGUACCACCCACAUCCGAAAAGGACAAAUAUGUCAUCAUGACAGUCCAACCGCGCAUUCCAGCCGGUACACUCAAAUUCGCCGAGAUCCCAGCGGGCAUGCUCGACGACAGCGGCACGUUCGCCGGCGGAGCAGCAAAAGAGAUUCACGAAGAGACCGGUCUGUCGAUUCCGCAGGACGAGCUUAUCGAUAUGACGGCUCUAGCUUCUGCAUCUUCGCGUGUGACUUCUCCUUCCUCUUCUGUAGAAGAUGACUACCUGCAGAAAGCGGUAUAUCCAUCUCCAGGCGGAAGCGAUGAGUUCAUUCCUGUAUUUCUGUGUCAAAAGAGGAUGCCGCGCAAGGAGAUUGAGGCGAUGCAGGGUCGGUUGACAGGCAACAGAAACGAACGGGAAAAGAUCACGUUGAAGAUUGUGAGGUUAGCAGAUUUGUGGAAGGAAGGGUUGAGGGAUGGGAAGACUCUUGCUGCUUGGGCCUUGUAUGAAGGGUUGCGGAAGGAGGGGAGAAUCUGA